AUGAAGUACCAAUCUACUCUCGGCGCCGUCAUCGGACUGGCUUCCAUGGCCGCCGCCCACAUGCAGAUGAAGAGCCCUCCUCCUCUGCGAUCUCAAUACAACGAAUUCACCACCGAUGCCGACUACAGCAUGACCAGCCCCCUGGAUCAGAGCGGCAGCAACUUCCCUUGCAAGGGCUACCACUCGCUUCUUAACACUGACCAAGGCAAGUCUGUCGCCACAUGGCAGCCAGGUUCCUCCCAGAGCAUGACCAUCACCGGCGGAGCAUCCCACAACGGUGGCAGUUGCCAGGCUUCCCUCUCCUACGACGGUGGUAGCACCUGGAAGGUCAUCCACUCGUACAUUGGUAACUGCCCUGUCACCGGUGACUCAAGCUACGACUUCACCGUUCCCUCUGAUGCCCAGAGCGGUGCCGCCUUGUUUGCUUGGACUUGGUUCAACAACGUUGGCAACCGCGAAAUGUACAUGAACUGUGCCUCCGUCACUAUUGGCGGUUCCAGCAAGCGCGACGUCUCUGCCAGAAGCAGCUUGCCUGACAUGUUCGUUGCCAACGUUGGCAACGGCUGCAGCACCGUUGAGGGCGCCGACGUUGAGUUCCCUAACCCCGGCACUGAAGUCACCAACAACUCCAAGAAGACUUCGCCCCCAUCCGGUAGCUGCGGCUCGAGCGGCGGUGGUGGUAACUCUCCCUCCAGCUCGGCCAGCGCUGCUCCGUCUCCCACCGCCCAGCCUACCGCCACCCAGCAGCCUACCUCUGUCCAGCAGCCUCCUUCUACCAAGCAGCCCACUACCUCUGCUUCCAAGCCGGUCACCACUCCUGGUGCUUCUCCCACCACUACUCUGCAGACAGUUACCAAGUCUUCUUCUGCUGCCGCAAACCCAACUCCCACUUCGGGCACUCCUUCUGGCGGUUUCCCUCAGGGCCAGGCUUGCACCCCCGAAGGUGAAUGGAACUGCGUUGGUGGAACUCAGUACCAGCGCUGUGCUUCCGGCCAGUGGUCAGCUCUCCAAGCCGUGUACCCCGGCACCACCUGCACUCCAGGCCAGAGCUCAGAGCUUGCUGUGGUCCGCCGCUCUGCCCGUAGCCCCAGGAACUUGGCUGAGGUCGUGAGAUCUCUCUGGAUGUAA